AAAGUUCCAAAAUAUUCAAAAAUUCGAAAAAAUAGAUAGCAUGUAAAAUGGACCAAGGUGAAAGAAGUUCCGACUUCAAUUACCAUUACAGCAAUAUUGAAAUUCAUUAAUAUAAGAAAAAAAAUGAAUGUAUCAAUAAAACUCAUCAUCAUUUUUUUAUUGACUUUACUUCUCCCUUACGCUUACUGUAAUAAGAAAAAUACUACACAGUUUUUAUGCAAGGAUGGGCUGUUAUUACCAAGAUGGCUACCGGAUAGGAAUCUAAGUACGGGAGAUGUAGUAGCGAGAGGUUUGAUUUAUUUUGUUGCUCUAGUUUAUAUAUUCAUAGGAGUAUCCAUCAUAGCGGAUCGUUUCAUGGCUUCUAUUGAAGUCAUCACAUCGAAGGAGAAAGAAGUUGUGAUCAAGAAACCAAAUGGUGAAACACAAACAAUAAAUGUUAGGAUAUGGAACGAAACGGUUUCCAAUUUGACUCUAAUGGCACUCGGAUCAUCUGCACCCGAGAUAUUGCUGUCCAUCAUUGAAGUAUACGGACAGAAUUUUGAAGCUGGUGAGUUAGGACCAGGAACUAUAGUGGGUAGUGCUGCUUUUAAUAUGUUUGUCAUUAUAGCAAUUUGUGUAUGGAGCAUACCUUCUCCUGAAAAUCGUAGGAUAAAGCACUUGAGAGUAUUUUUCGUCACCAUGACUUGGAGUGUCUUCGCUUAUAUUUGGCUUUACCUCAUCUUAACCUGGUCGAGUCAUGGAGUGAUCGAAGUAUGGGAGGGGCUCCUGACUUUUUUUUUCUUCCCAACCACUGUUCUAACAGCUUAUAUUGCGGAUAGAAGGUUAUUUAUUUAUAAAUUCCUAUCUAAACGGUACAGGAUGAACAAGAGGGGUGUUAUAGUCGAAGGUGAGGGUGAUGUGGAGAUGGGCACUGCUAAUAAAAGCAGUGCUUCCGAUACCGGGUUUAAAGUGUUCGAAGAAGAAGAUAACGAUGAGAUCAGAGAAUUUGAGGAGCAUAGACGGGAAUAUAUACAGUUAUUGAGGGAUAUCAGAAGGAAAAAUCCUCGAUGCAGUAUGGACGAAAUCGAAAUGAUGGCAAGAGAAGAGAUCUUAAACAAAGGACCCAAAAGUAGGGCUUUCUACAGGAUUCAGGCCACCAGAAAAUUGAUGGGUGGUGGUAAUUUGGUUAGAAAGAAGAUCGAACGUCCAGAACCUCCACCUACUAAAGAACAGGUUAAGAAGAAAGAAGAGAAAGACGAUUCGGUUAGGAUUUUCUUUAAUCCUGGCCACUAUACAGUUAUGGAGAAUGUGGGCCAAUUUGCAGUAACUAUCAGCCGAGAGGGUGACCUGAAUAAUGCAGUUUGCGUAGAUUUUGCCACCGAAGAUGGAACCGCUAACGCCGGUGACGAUUACGAACCCCUAGAGGGUACAAUUGUCUUCCGUCCUGGUGAAGCUCACAAACAGAUCUUCAUCACGGUCAUCGACGAUGACGUUUUCGAGGAAGACGAACAUUUUUACGUCAAGCUGAGCAAUCCACGUUACUUACUCUCACCGGACGGUUACCCUCGUGCCAUGAAUGGUUCUCCGGGCCAAAUUAAUCCCAGGCCACCCGUGAAGCUAGUGAACCCUUCUCUUGCUACAGUGAUGAUAUUGGAUGAUGAUCACGGAGGUAUUUUCACAUUUAGUGACUCUCAACAAGAGGUGCCUGAGUCUAUUGGACUGUAUAGGCUACGUGUCAACAGAUAUAGCGGUGCUCGGGGAAGAGUUUUUAUAACUUUUAGAACCCUAGAUGGAAGUGCUAAAGCUAAUAAAGAUUACGAACCUAUUGAUGGUGUUCUAUUGUUCGAAAACAACGACACUUGGAAAGAUAUUCCAAUUCAUAUUUUGGACAACGAAAGUUACGAAAAAGAUUCGGUGUUCUACGUAGAAAUUGGUGAACCAAAAUUAGAAGAAGACUUGAUUAAAGAGGAAACCGGCCAAAUAAACAACGAACCAUCAUCUCCUAAUGGCGAAGCAUCAGAAGCAGAUAAGCUAGCAAUGUUAGGAAAACCCAGAUUGGGAGAAUAUUACAGAUGUCAAAUAAGGAUUAAAGAGAGCCGCGAGUUUAAGAAUACUGUCGAUAAACUUUUCGAAAAAGCAAACGUCUCAUUGAUGAUAGGUACAUCGUCGUGGAGGGAACAGUUCUUAGGCGUUAUAACUGUUAAUACAGGUGAUGAAGAUGAUGAAGAAGAAGAUGACGGAACUGAAAAGAUGCCUUCUUGUUCAGACUAUGUGAUACACUUCUUUACUAUCUUCUGGAAAGUGUUGUUUGCCUUUAUCCCACCUACCGAUUACUUCGGAGGAUGGGCAUGCUUCGUCUCUAGCAUUGCAAUUAUCGGAGUGCUAACUGCAAUUGUUGGAGAUCUGGCAUCCCAUUUCGGAUGUACUAUUGGACUGCGCGAUGCUGUAACUGCUAUCUCUUUUGUGGCUCUUGGAACAAGUAUACCAGAUACUUUCGCUAGUAAAGUGGCAGCAUGUAACGAUAAAUAUGCAGAUUCUUCAAUUGGUAACGUAACAGGUAGUAAUGCUGUCAAUGUAUUUUUGGGAAUAGGUGUUGCAUGGUCGAUCGCCGCGAUACAUCAUUCGCUCAACGGAAGCCAAUUUAGAGUACCACCCGGAAAUUUAGCAUUUUCUGUCACUCUGUUUUGUGCCUGUGCUUUUGUUUGUUGCACCGUUCUACUUAUACGUCGUCAUCCUGCCGUAGGAGGAGAAUUAGGAGGUCCGAUGAAGUACAAACUACCAACAACUAUACUUUUCGUCGGUUUGUGGUGCUUCUACGUCCUCAUGUCUAGCUUAGAAGCUUAUGAUAUUAUCGAAGGAUUUUAAAAGAAAAAUCGUGGAUGACUUGAAGAUUCUCUCUCUCUUUUUUCAUCAAAUGGACACGUGUCUAACAUAUCUCGGGUGCCACCUUCUACAAUAAAAGAAUAGAGCACGACCUCAAGUUAGAAUGGGUUCGUGGUAGUAAAAAAAAAACAAUAUAUAAUAUAUAUACAAAGUAAGGAUUUAAGAUUAGUGCCUCUUCGUGAAGGACCGAGUCCUUUAAAAAGUUGUAUAUGUAUAUAUAUAUAUAUGUACACUCAAGUAUAUAUAUAUAUACAUGUAUAAAAUAUAUCAUGAAGCUUCCUCUUGUACAUAACGGCUGAGGAUACAGCCCGAUGAUAGUUGUAGUUCAAGUACGUCUUGAAAAAUACAAAGAAAUAUAUAUAUACAAAUCCUUUUACUCUAUUCAAGCUAUUUCAGUGAAGCGUAAUCAGGAAAUAUUUACAAAAAAAAAGUUACUCUUCCCUCUUUAAAGUGCUAAAUUCAUAAAUAGGGUACUGUACUGUUCACUCGCGAGUACCGAGUCAACGAAUUUGUUAAAACACCUGCUUUUUCUCUGUCGUUUAUUAUCGCAGGUGGAAGCUAAGUAGUUAAUGAGAAAGGUAUUCGCUUGUGUUUAUUUUAUAAAAGUUAUUAUAAUGAGCAUAUUUUUUAUAUAUGUGUAUAGUAAACACUUCCUUUUAUUGGAAAUUCGUUUGAUUUAUUCUACUUAAAAGAAUAUUUUUGUUUGUUUACGUUACGUUGGUUCGAUACUACGUAUUUUUCGGGUAUCUUUUUAUUGGUUGAGUAUAGGGCUCUUGUUCCUAAAGGUCUUAAACCGGGCCAGGUGGCACCUGAAAGAGUUGUUCUAGUUAUAAAAACGGUAGUUGUAGAGUAAUUCUGGUCUCAUUUUUAAAGUAAUUUGGGUUGGGUAAUCAUUUUAUGAAUGUUCACGGCUACACACCACAUAAUUUUGUGGUUAGUUUAUUCAUAGUGCCUAGGCAAAUGUAUAAAGAAAUCAGCAGGGAGUGACAUUUUAAGGAUAACUUUCCUUAUUCUUAGAUCCUUCUGUAUAUCAUGUUCAACAAUCACUCAAUCUCUUUGUUACAACAGAUGAAUAGUUUUGACUAUUUCUGAUGUUCGUGGAUUCUUAUACUUAUCUUCAAAACUAAUUAAACUAAAAAAAUAUAUAUAUAUACCUAUAUAUAUUAUACACAUUUCAGGUUUCGAUUCGGAUGCAAACGAUGUCAAAGUUCAAUCUCGUUUUAUCCCAAACAAUUAAAUUUUUUGGUGUUCAUCAAAUUUUUGAUGUUUGUAAAGUUGUCCAUGGGUAUUUCAUAAUAUCUGUAAAAAAAACAAGAAUAAAAUAAUAUUUAAAUUUAUCUUUAUCAUUAAAAACAAUUAGAAUUUAUCUUGAAAUAUAUUCUAAGAAUCUUAAAUGGUUUAACCGAUGGUUUAACAAAAGUUUUUAGGUUAUAUACCACUGCCUUUAUAAGAAAUUUUUGGAAUUCUGAUUGAGGCAGGAAUUUAGAAUUUAUUAAAAACCGAAUUAAGACUUUAUAAUGUUUUAUUAAUUUAACACUUUUACUGCCCGAAGAAGAUUUAAUUGACUAAACUAACAAGCAAUCCAGUAGGAAACAAUGUAAAAUUCCAUCACUGUAAUACUUGCUUUGAAGAAAUAUCAAUGUUUUAAAGAAUAAUAAUGUAUUUCCUAACACUUUUAAAACAUAUCUCUUAGUAAAUAACUACAUCUUUUUAUGAUUCAACUGAUUCUUAUAGAAGCCUUGAUGAUAAAUAUGUUGUAUUUCAGUUUACAACAUUCUUAAAGUGAAUUUUAUGGAAUAAAACAAUUAAAAUUAACAAGAACAAUCUUUAUUCGCUUCUUUAAACUAGAAAAAUUAGUGAAAUUCACGAUAAACCUGUCAUUCAAUAUGAAUUUUUGAUAUUGAAAGUGUAGUUACUGAUAUUGAAUGUAAUGUAUAAAAACAAUUCAAGAUUAACUCGAGAAAAUCUUUUUACAUGUGGAUUCAGUCAAAGACUACUUUCGGCGACUGUAAAGGCAGUAAAAAUGUUAAAAUAAGAAAAAUAAUACUAAAAUAUUGUGUGAGAAUUUCGAUUUUAUUUGAAUAAUGAAGAUCCUUUUCUCAAAAUUGAAAUAAUUUGAAAAGAAAAAACAAAAUGAAAUCUGUUGAUAUUAAAGAAAGAGUGUUGAUCUGUUGGAGAUGUUUACUUUUCGACUUAACCAGUUAUAAAAUAUUAUUGACAUUUAAGUUUUGGGAUAAAGAUUUACAUUUUCAUGUUAUCGUUUAAAAAAAAUAAAUAAAUAAAUGCUCGUUGUUAAUAUAAUUAUAUUGUUUAAUUGUUAUAUUUGUGAAAUUUUAUAUCAAAAUUUGCAAUUUCCAUAGAAAGUUGAUGUGACAUUUUAACUCCUUUAUUAUCUCCUUGCUGCUUCUUUACUUUGAUGUUCUUCUCGGCGAUAAUAUUUAAGUUUGUUACUUAAUUACACUUUCUUUCAUCUUUAACUCUUUUCAUAAACAAUUUCUUUCACAAAAACUAUUUUCUAUUCAAUUUAAAUGUAAUAAUAUUACUUCUUUCAACUCUUGUACCAUACGCCUGUACCUUACUUCUUCCACUUUGUUUUUUUUUUUAA